AUGGUUACUAGACUAAUCUGUUUAGCUUUAGCGUUAUUCUGUACUGUUUCAGCAGCACCUGAAAGCAGGAUCGUAGGCGGUUCCCCUGCGGCUAUCCAGGAGUUCCCGUCGGCCAUCGCGGUGGUGUACCACUACCCCAAUAUCGACCGGUACAUCCAGCGCUGCGCUGGUGCCCUUGUCUCCUCGUGGCACAUACUCACUACGGCAUUCUGCUUCACAUGUCAAGUUGAUGCGCACGAGUUAUACAAUGAUCAAAUUUUAAUGUUUUUUAUACCUGUCGCUUUUAAAAACAGGGGCGCAAACAUAAACAAUGUCCGACUAAGCGGCGGCUCCGCGCAGAGCCUGGGCGGCGCGCAAGUAUCCACUGCAAGAGAAAUCAUCCAACACCCAGAGUACGUCGCGGAGACCAGGUUGAACGACCUGGCCGUGGUAGUGUCGACCAACCCCUUCGUGAUCACCGGCGCACUCAACAUCGUGUUCAUACCGCCAGCCAACACUUUCCUACCUGAUGGGCUGGUAACCAGAGUCGCUGGUUGGGGUUUCGAAUCUGAGGGUGGCGCUCAACUGGACAGCCUGCAAGCAAUCACGUUGACGACUAUCAGUACGGCGGCCUGCCAGGAGGCCUUCGCUGAUGUGAACGAUAUUGACAUCAACGAUUCUGUGCUCUGCGCAUCAAGCCCAACAGCGGGCACAUGUUUCGGCGACGCGGGCGCGCCCAUGUACUACAACAACGUGGUGGUCGGCUUAGCGUCGUACUACAAGGACUGCGGCAACCCCACCUACCCCGACGUCUUCACCAGGGUCGAUCGACACACUGACUGGAUUAUGAGCGUCGCUGUUACCCCAACUGGGGAGACUCCUCUGAGAGCGGCAGUUUAUUAGCUUUUUUUUAUUUUUUAAAGCUUUGGGUUCUAGCUUUUUAGGACCUAAAGAGGAUUUAUUAUUGUAUUUUUUUAAUGAUACAUACAAACCAGCCUAACUACAAUCACGCCGGAUGGUAAUUAACACUACUACAAGGGGUCGAUAGAAACA